CGUGGUAUAAAAAGCGAAAUUCGAAAGAAUUUUAACUAUAGUCUCUUGUGCGUAUUAACGAAAUGCUUACCAUCAGCAAUUUCGUGAAUUUGUUAAUUUUGUCGCAUAAUUCGAUACUGGGUGGAUAUUAUUUACUUAAGCCGGAUUUGCAUUUCAUUCAAAAUCGUUUCGAUCAAUCGAAAUCGAAAUCGACGGCUUCUUAUGGUCCAUUACCUUCUUUAGCACCGAGCAAUUUCGAUUCAAAUGAACUUCAAUUACCGGAAAUUGCAGACAAUCGUCAAGCUAACGAUCUCAAAACGUUCAUACCGUCGCAUCAAUAUUAUUUGCCGCUAGGCAGUCUACAAUCUUCAAAGCAAAUCGAUGUCCAUAAGCAAAGAUUCAAUGUCAGCGAAGCAAAUGACUCGAGUAAAGUAAUAGAAUCACCGGAUUUAUCAUCUUCCGCAGGCUAUGAUCUCCAAACACCUGGACGUUUUAGAUCGUCGAACAUAAUAAACGCUGCCACCAAUGCAUCUUCCGCUGAGAUGGUAACGACCGUUACAAAGCAUAUCAAUAUUGAUAGUCCGGAUUUGCGUGAGUUGCGUUGCUUGUCGUCUCCCGACAAGAGCGGAUUUUUUCAUGUGAUUUUACAAAUCAAUCAAUUCCUAACAAUCUUUCCCGUCGUGGAUAACGAUAGCACUGACAAAAGUUGCCAAUUUUCAUUGCAAAAUAAUCGCUUCAUCCUGUAUAUGAGAGAAGAGUGUUUUGAAAAGUGCGGCGUUUAUCAGUGCGCAGGGGAUUUGUGCUUACGACUACGAUUUCCAUCUGUAAAAGGCAUGCGUACAGCGUCCGAUGCCAUAUUCACGUUGCACUGUGAGACACAAAAGAAAGUGGCCGUAAAAACUCACACCAUCAAAAUGGCCGUAAACAGAGAACAGCAAGCUCGCAGUCUGGGUGCCUAUGCGCGUGGUGGGAAACAAAAUAAUUUACGUACCCAUCUUGAAUUAUUAAGGAGAACAUCUGAAGGCUAUACGCAGCAUGUGAACAGUAAGGGAAUCGUACAACUUGGGGAGGAGUUACUCUUGAGGGCCCAUAUCCUACCAGGGGAUGGUUGGAAUUAUGCUAAAGUAACUGAUAUCAUAUUUCAAAGGAUUGCACCCGAUGGCGAUGUACUGCAAGAGGCUGUUUUAAUUACAUCAGAAGGUUGCCUGAAUCCCUUUAUGCUUAGCGUGUGUCAAGGAAUUAUCUUUGAGGCUCCUCUAGCUUAUAAAUUACCAUUUAAAGCAUUCAUGUUUCAGGGCAUGUCGAGCGGUGACGAACUAAUAGUGUCUGUGCGCAUUUCGGCUUGUUUAUAUCCGCAAGAUUGCUCCGUUGAUGCCAAAGAAUGCGCCGGUUACGCUGAAACUAGUUCUUUAGUGCGACAUAAACGUUCGCGGGAAACAAACUCAAGUUCGUUUUUCAAUGUAAGCGAGACGUCUAAAAUAUCAAAAAUACCGUUUAGAGUUUUUACGAUCACGGACGACGAAAGGCUCAUCUCAUCAUCAUAUCAACCGGCCUUGGAGAUGCGUUUGCCAUUUUUAAUAGGUUUCUUGUCUUUUAUUAUCAUUUCAAUGGCUGUAGUUAUUUUUACAUUAAAAUUAUAUAAAUAAAAACAAUUGAUCUGUA